AUGGCACUGGAUUGGGUUCAGUGGGCAAUAAUCAUAUUUUUACUGUUGUUGCCCGUGUUAUAUGAAUUGAAUAGUACCUUUAAAUACAAUGCCAAGUUUAUAUUAUACUUCACUUUAAACAUGACCUUCUCGAUGUUCCUGGUUAUCUUCCUUCUACCAAUGACAAUCAUGCGAACAAGGAGACCGGAAAAUUACAAAUAUCCAGCAUUUAUUGUAAAACUUGAAAGGAGGCUUUUUGGAAUAUCUAUAGAUGUACGAGGACGUGAGAAUCUGGAGGCUGUAUCACCUUGUAUCAUAGUUGUUAAUCAUCAAAGUUCAUUAGAUCUGUUUGGUUUGAUGGAGAUUUGGCCAAAACGUUGUUCCGUCUUAGCCAAAAAAUCUUUGAUGUACAUGGGCCCCUUGGGACUGUUGAUGUGGAUGUUAGGUUCUGUAUUUGUUGAUCGGGUGAACCACAGCAAAGCUGUUUCCACACUUUCAGAAGCAGGCGAAUAUAUCAAGAAAGAAAAGAUCUCCAUUAUAAUAUUCCCGGAAGGUACAAGAAACCAUGAUGCAACAAUGUUACCAUUUAAAAAGGGAGCAUUUCAUCUAGCCGUGUUAGCUCAGAUGCCCAUUGUGCCUGUCGUUUUCUCCUCCUAUUCUGAAUUUUACAACAAGAAGGAGAAAAGGUUUUCUGCAGGUAAAUUCAUCAUUACAUGUCUGCCACCAAUCUCAACAAAAGGAAUGAAGAUUGAAGAAGUUUCUGAUAUGGCUCAAAGUGUUCGUGAACAAAUGAUGGAGGUGUUCAACAAAACUUCUUCAGAGAGUUCUCUGACAUAA